GAAGCCGCCGCCCAAGCGGAAGACCCCCUUCGAGGCCAUCGACCCGGGCUCGAACGGAGGUGAUUGCGGUUAUAGGGCGCUGGCUGCCGGUUGGGCGUUGCUCGGAGGCGUCGCCAAGGCCAACCGGGAGACCACACUGCAACCAGCCAAGCUCGAGAGGAUGGCGAAGACCUUGCGGGCGCAACUGGCCCUGCGCAUCGACAGCCACAGGGCGUGCUUCGAAGAUUUUUGGACGCACGUGCCUAUGCGCGACCACUUCAACCGACACAUCUACACCUACACAGGGGUGGGUAAUGAGCUGAAGGAGGUGAACUGGGUCGACAAGGUGACUUGGUUCCCGACGGGCCCAGACGCUCAACGAGCGGCGUUGCUGCAACCUGCACUCCAUGUGGGCCUCUGGAGGGACCAUUGCUACAUUUUGUUACCAGACGACGGCGAGAGGCACAAGAAGGAGACCAAAAGGCCGAACAAGCAGCAGAUCGAGGAGCGCAUCCAGAAAGCCUGCCGACACGGUGGCUCGUCCAGGAAGGCUGAUGCUGAAUCCGACUCCGAGGACUCCUGGAUGGCGAAUUUGGCCCGCACCGCGGAGCACACGGAGUGCAACCACGGCCACGCCCAAACCUACGCCGAAUCGGCGCGACAUCCCGACGGGGUCAGCGACUACCAUGGAGACGCCGAAGGCACAGACUAG